AUGGCCACAACACUUGAGAAACUCCCCAAAAACGCGCUCACCUCCAUUGCGAGCGUGAGCGCACGUCUCCGGGAUGCCAUCUCCGCAUCUCUCCCCAUCGCUCCCGAGCAGUACUUGACUAUCACUGUUCCAGGAACUGCGAUCGAUCUGACUUACUCAGACCAUGGAGGCCCAUUUGUAUACAAUGAUUCCAAACAUGUCUUCGCUCCAGCAAAUGUCAGACAAUCCGAAGCCAGCUUAGUUGACGGAAUGAUGCCAAUAGUCAAAUUGGCGGUCGGGAAUGAGAGGAAGAGCGUCGCAAGUGGUUAUGCUCACGCGAUCGACACUUUAAUUCCCGCAAGGCCGACAUUCACCCCCAGCCCAGGUAUCCCCAGCCACGGGAAGAUGGACUACGCAAAGUCGAUGGAGUUUCUUAAACAAAAAGUUCCUGGAACCUCAAAGACCAUCGUUGAGGUUUAUCGCGAUAAGGAAAUGAAGUGGGCUGAACAACAACAAAUCUGGGAAAAGGCGAAGAUCCAGGCCGCUCGUGAUGCCGAAGACGCCUUUCGCGAGGGGACUAAGGACUACGUCGAAAAGCGACAGAAGUACUUCGACGAUUGGUGCAAGGAAGAGAGCAAGUCUUACAAGUCUGCGGUCCAAGCUGCUUGGAUGGAUUGGGUUGUUAAUGGAAAGAAAUAUGCUGUGGACUUUAACUUUGGCAUGAUCCAGAUGGACUCCAUGGAGCGCAUCGAGUCAAGCAAGGAGGCGAUGAGGAACUCCGCAAUUGAUACUGCCAGUGGCAGCGGGGAAGUCUACGGUGUUAGCCUCACACCUAAGACUUGGGCAACUUCCUGUAAAGUCAAGGCCGAGGAGUGGCAUAAGCAGAAUGAUCGUGGGCAGCUGAACGGCGACGAUAGGACUGUGUGGAGCAGAAUCACAGUUUCCUACUCUGCAUCGGAUAUCCAGACCCACGAAAGUGAGCCCCUGGGCUAUGGACUUUGGACCGUUGGCGGCGCUCAGUUGCAUGAGAAACUACGCAGAGAGAUGGCAGCCUGUGAUGUGAGCAUUUCCUUUUCUGCCCUCGUCGUCAACAUCAACCGCCCAUGGCUGCACGGCGAACUCUUCAGCGACACUGAUCUCGAGGUACAAAGAGGUGCCAAAGUCAGCCCUGGCCCAAGUCGCCUCCAAGAAAUCAUCCAGGCCCAGAAGGAUGGGGAGAGUGACGAAUGGAGCUUCCCUACUUACCCAACCUUUUUUAUCAUUGCUGCUGAUACAAUGGUUGAGUUCAAGGGAGAAACUAAGGCUAUAGAGGAGUUUUGGAGGCCUAGCGGUGUGACGGUCGGAUAUGGGCCUUGGUCAGUGUCAAGCAGUGCUGCGGCCGAGCAGAUCAGAAUUGAUUCAACUUCAACUGGCUGUAGGGUCAGUUUUGGAACACCGCAGAUUAUCGGCUGGGUUAGCCAGAUUGUGCCACCUCUGCCACGAUUAUAA